GGGAGCUCGCGCGGGACGGUGCGGGGGGAGGACUUACCGAAGGCAGUGUCAGGCCGGUGUGUUGAGUCGCUUCCUGGUCAGGGCCUGUGCCGGCCGCUCCUCGCACAGCUCUUGUUGUCUGCGCUGUUCUUUGUGUUCGCUCCCGCAGAGGGACGCGCUGGCUAGCCUGCGGGCUAUUCGGUCUGGGGGGAGGGUCAUAUCCUCAUAACGUCACUACUCUGGGAACACAGACGCCGAAGCCCCCCACGCCGCACCCGCCGUGGGGUCGGACGGCCCCGAGGGCGGCUCGUUUCUCAGCCCGGAUAGGCUGGCGCGGGGGGGGACGUCACACAGGGGACGUUACACAGGGACCGUCCAGCGCGCUGGAGCCCAACUGCCUGGGAUGAACGACGUUGUAAAAGUGAAAUUGCUGGAUUCACAAACAAAAAAACCGUAAGAAAUCCCAUACAUUUUGAAGUGGAUACUUCUCGUGAAAAAUUAGAAAGCAUGUCAGAAUCGGAUGCCUUGAAUGUCAGCAGUCUUUUUCCAGGUUUAACUCUCUCGAAAUCUCCCAUCGGUAUAGAAACCAGCAGUAUCACUUCUGACUCGCUUCAGAGCGAAAUAAAGAAUUUAAAAAGGGAAGAUGACCAUAAUUCCAUAUUUUCUGAAGAUGUUUAUAAUUUGUUAGGUGAUAACGACAUUGAAAAUUACUCACAGAAGGUACUAAUUCAGCCAGUUGACACUACUAGCAUUUCUUCCUUGAUACAAUUUGAACGUAGCUGCCAGUUUCACUGGACAGAAGCAUUUAAUGAUGAAAUGACAGAGAAGACAGAAUUGCAAAGCCAUGUGUAUUAUAAUGCAAAAGAUACCAUUAUGAAGCAAGAUUCCUUUAAUGAAGAAAAUCCAAUGGAAGCUAGCAUUUCUACAAAUAAAGACAGACUUGCUAAGGAGUGUGUUAGACAGCCUCCUGAAAGCCCACCUCUACUCCACUGUGGUGAAGAGACACUGGAAUUCACAGAAAACUCACUGGCUAACAGUGCUUUCAAGGAAUCUGCCCUCACCCCUAGUCAACCUCAACGCUUCUUCUAUAAGGAAAGUGUACACAAUAACAUUGAAAAACCAUUUUAUAAAGAGAAUAGCUUUAACCUGCUUGAUGUGAGAGUUAAUUAUGAAAUAGAGGAGAGUGCAUUUUCUUCAAAAGAAAUACAGAAUUCUGGGGAGAUUCCUGAGAUGUCAGUCAGUUACCAAAAUGAAGUUACAGCGGAGGGUGUGGAGAGGCCGGGCAUUGUCUCAAGUUGGUCUCUAGCAGGCAUCUCCUGGAGUAGUGGAACAUCUCAGGAGAACUGGAGGACACCUGACAUGGAGGAAAGCUUUGAAAGAUUACAACCUCGCGAAGAGUAUGUGGCUUUAAAUGAAGUCUUAUGGAAAUUAAAACAUACUAACAGGCAGCAGCAAGAACAAAUCCAAGACCUCCAGUGUAGUAACCUGUAUUUAGAGAAGAAGGUUAAAGAACUACAGUUGAAGAUGACCAAACAGCAAGUAUUCGUUGACAUGAUAAGUAAGCUAAAGGAGAAUUUUGAAGAAUUAAUUGAAGACAAAUACAAAGUAAUCCUUGAGAAGCAUGAUAUUAAAAAGACAUUGCAGAAUUUGCAAGAGAUUUUAGCUAACACCCAAAAACAUCUUCAGGAAUCUAGAAAUGAGAAGCAAGCCUUACACCUUGAAUGUAAGAAGACAAAGGCCAAUUAUAUGCGUUUACAGGAAAGGUACAUGACUGAAAUGCAACAAAAAAAUAAAUCUGUGAGUGAGUGCUUAGAGAUGGACAAAACCUUAAGUGAGAAAGAAAAAGAGAUAGAGAUGCUGCACCGACUCAAAAGAAAAUUGGAAAGGGCCACAGCUUCUGCUUUGGACUUGUUGAAAAGGGAAAAAGAGACCCGAGAACAAGAGUUCUUUUCUUUACAGGAGGAAUUCCAGAAACGUGAAAAGGAAAACCUGGAAGAAAGAAAGAAACUGAAAUCUGGACAUGAGAAAUUGCUCACUGAAGUUAAAAAUUUGCAUUUUGUAUCUGAAAAUGAAAGGGCUAAGAAUGCAAAACUUCAGCAGCACAUCAACGAAGUAGAAAAUGAAAAUGCAAAACUUAAGCAGCAGGUUGCAAGAAGUGAGGAGCAAAGUUGUGUCCCAAAAUUUGAGAGAGCUCAGUUAAAGGAGCAAUUAGCGGAAGUGAUGGAGUCAGAUAUUGCCAAGGAUACAAAGAUGAUAAAUUCUAACCUGUUCCUGAAUUGCCCACCUUGUGAAGAAGAGGGCCUGAAUUCCCCAGAUAUGAAGAGAACUUCUCAGCUGGCCUCCAAAAUGCACAGUCUUCUGCCUCUGAUGGACAUCACCAAUCCUGAUGCUGAACAUUUAAAAGAGGGUGAGAACGUUAGUGAUAUAAUGCUGCAAAAAUUGAAGAGCUUUCAUCUUAAAAAGAAAAUUUUAGAUAAAGAGAUACUGAAACAUAAGGACAGAAUCAUAACCUUUAGAGAGUUAAUUGCUAAUGAAAAAGCAUUUCAGGAUCAUGUCAUUGAGGUCACAGACUUUGAUUCAGAUGAAGCCAAGAACGUCAGAAAUGUACCUAUCUUAUUGGGAGUCAAACUGGACAAGUACCACAACCUUAAUGAGGAGCUUGCUUUCUUGGCCCUGGUGAUACAGAGAUGCCAAGAGUGAACCUUCAUCUUCCCAGCAAUGGGAGCUGGAAUGGGAACAAGGUCACAAAUGACAGAGUGUCGGACACACCAUGUCACCUUUAAAACAUGCUGCAGGCUUUGCUGCACAAAACCAAUCUCACAGAAACCAAAUAACUGAUGAGGGAGAGUUCUUCAUUGAGUAAUGUAAGCUAUUAAAAGCAGAAGAAAAGAUACACCUGGAAAAUUAUAUUUUGUAUCCAUGAUUAAAAUAAGGAAUGUAAGCAGUUAUCAUAAUGGCUACUGAAACCUUCAGGUUCAAGACUGAUAAGGAGCUUUUAAUGAAUGAGUCAGACUAACAAAGACCUG